AUGACGCCCCCGGACUCCAAUGACCCAGAACCAUUCCCAUGGCAUCUAGGCGUAUACGAUGCGCACUGCCACCCCACAGAUACUAUGUCUACCAUUUCCUCGAUUCCGGCCAUGAAGACCCGCAUCCUUACCGUGAUGGCCACACGAAUUCAGGAUCAAGAUCUAGUCACGUCGACGGCAGAGACCCACGGUAUCAGGUCAUCAGAUCCUGCGAAGUGGUCAAGAGAUGAGUGUGUAGUCCCGUGUUUUGGAUGGCAUCCAUGGUUUGCACAUCAAAUGUACUUCGAUGAUGAGCAGAACCACAGAGAGGGAGAGAAAGAUACGGGCGAGCUAGAAGGCCAAGCAAAACUCAUCCACUACCAAAACGUAUUCCAGCCACACAGAGAGGUCUUGAGCGAGGAAGAUCAAGAAAUCCUCCAAUCCCUUCCAUCUCCCAUCCCAUUUUCCGCCUUCCUUGCCGAAACUCGGGAGCACCUAGUCAAAUACCCCUACGCCCUCAUCGGUGAAGUAGGCCUCGACCGCGCAUUCCGUGUUCCCUCAGCAUGGUCACCUUCAGCAUGGUCGCAACGCGACACCACAGUUACACCGGGGGGUCGGGAAGGUCGGCGUCUGACUCCUUUCCGCUGCAGCCCUCAACAUCAGAAGAGAGUUUUUAAGGAGCAACUGCAACUCGCGGCGGAGAUGGGACGGGCUGUGAGUGUACACGGCGUGCAAGCACAUGGCUUAGUAUUUGAAUCGUUGCAAGAGCUAUGGGCAGGCCACGAGAAGGUAGUCCUGAGCAAACGAGAAAAAAAGCGGCGAGGUGUCGACCACGAGUCCGUCGCGGCGUCCAUGGACGACAGCGAUGCGAAUCCGAGCCCGAACGCGAACGCGCAACCACAGCCCUAUCCUCCAAGAAUAUGCCUCCACUCUUUCUCUGGCCCGCCCUCGGUUCUUAAACAAUACUUGAAUCCCAUCAUACCUGUCCGUAUCUUCGCAUCCUUCAGCACAGCGAUCAACCUCUCCGACGCCCUCGAUUCAGAAACGCCCGCAGCCUUUGAGGAUGUCAUCAAGACUGUACCAGACCAUAUGCUGCUUGUAGAGAGCGACUUAGACCGCGCAGGAAGUGACAUAGAUACGCGAAUGGAAGACAUCAUACGAAGGAUAUGUCGAAUCAAAGGAUGGAAUCUGACAGAGGGAGUACAGCAGCUGGGCAAGAACUGGCAUGGCUUUGUUUUUGGAUCGUAA